GUUUCUUGCCAAACGCCAUUGACCCGGAAUUGAAGAAGAACUGACAAACAAACUCCAAACUCAAGGGCGCCAAUUUUUUUUAUCACGUUCGUCCACAACAUAGACGUCUAUUUUUCUUUUCGACACAAAAUGCCCGCCACUACAGAUACAUACUCGGACCAGUUUACCUCAAAGGAGUGCGAGCCGGAAGGGGCGACGGAUAAAAAAACGAGUAAGUCGGCCCUUAUCUGUGAUGAGCGCGGAUAUUUGAACCAAGUACGGUUGAUCCUGGAUCAUGGCCGGAAAAAGGGAGACCGAACCGGCACCGGAGUCCUUUCCGUGUUUGGCGCCCAGACCCGAUACAGCCUCCGAGAUCAGUUUCCUCUGCUGACCACCAAGAAAGUGUUUUGGAAAGCCGUACUUGAAGAGUUGCUUUGGUUCAUUAAGGGGUCGACAAAUUCAAAGGAGCUCUCUGAGAAAGGGGUGAAGAUUUGGGACGCUAACGGCUCCCGGAGCUUUCUGGACAAGUGCGGCUUUACCGACCGGGAGGAGGGCGACCUGGGCCCGGUGUACGGCUUCCAGUGGCGGCAUUUUGGUGCCGAGUACACCAACAUGCAUGCAGAUUACACAGGACAAGGCGUGGACCAGCUGCAGAAAGUCAUCGACACCAUUAAAAGCAAUCCGGAGGACCGACGCAUCAUCAUGUGCGCGUGGAACCCGAAAGACCUGCCCCUGAUGGCGCUGCCCCCCUGCCACACCCUCUGCCAGUUCUACGUGUGCGACGGCGAGCUGUCGUGUCAGCUUUACCAGCGCUCUGGAGACAUGGGCUUAGGGGUGCCCUUCAAUAUCGCAAGCUACGCACUCCUCACAUACAUGAUCGCCCACGUCACCGACCUCAAGGUAACCUCUUCUCCGUUUUUCCAGUGUUUGCCAACACCUGACAUGUACCCCGCCUCCUUUCAGCCGGGCGACUUUGUCCACACGCUGGGAGACGCUCACAUCUACACCAACCACGUUAAACCCUUGGAAGAACAGCUGAAAAGGGAGAUCCGCCCCUUCCCUAAAAUGAACAUCCUUCGGAAAGUGGAGAGUAUCGAUGAUUUCCGUGCAGAGGAUUUUGAAAUUGUGGGCUACAACCCCCAUCCUGCUAUCAAGAUGGAGAUGGCCGUGUGAGAGAGAUGACUUUUUUUUUUUUUUUAAGUAGUGAAAGGUACUAACUAAUAAAUGGAGGGCAAAAUGGGACAACAUUUAAAAAAUCUAUCUGACUUAAAUGUGUCAUUAAUUGGAAUCAAAUAGAUGAUUAUGUUGAAUGUGUCAUUAAUUUAUUUUAUUAAAAAAAAUUACAUUUCAUUUCACAAUUCAUUAUUUAAUAAAUUAAUGACCCAUUUAGGUAAUUAUUUAAAUAUUUACUUUUGUCUCAUUUAACACGAGGUCAGCGCUUUAUGAAUUUAUAUUAUCAAUAACUCAAGACAACUUGAAAACAUUCCUCCACUUUAACUGCUACAUGCUCUGGAUCCACAGGUCUUGCUUCCAAAUACUCCUCAGUCUUAAAUACCUACCACCAACUCCCCCCCAAAAAGUAUGAGUCUAUAUCAGGGGUAGGGAACCUAUGGCUCUCGAGCCAGAUGUGGCUCUUUUGAUGACUGCAUCUGGCUCUCAGAUAAAUCUUAGCUAACAUUGCUUAUUUCGCUGUUAAUCACAGUGUUAAUAAUAACGUUCAAAAUAUAAAACAUUCUCAUGCAUUUUAUUCCAUCCAUUUGUUUUCUACCGCACCUGUUCAAGAAGUCGCAUUAAUGGUAAAAAGGAUUUUAUUUAUUAUUGGUUAGCGUCAGAAUAACAAUGUUAUUAAAAAACAAUAAGAGACUUAUUAUACUCUAAAAAUGUUGGUCUUACUUAAAAAUACACACAUUUAGUUGUAUUCAGUGUUAAAAAAUAUGAUAUGGCUCUCACGGAAAUACAUUUUAAAAUAUUUGGCUUUCAUGGCUCUCUCAGCCAAAAAUGUUCCCGACCCCUGGUCUAUAUCCUCCUUAGCCGCCAUGUUUUGAAAGACUUCGUUUCGACCAAAUUGGACUAGAUUUGUGUUAGCUCCGCCCACUGUGUUUGAAAGACAAACUAAAUUCAUGAAGCUCUGGCAAGGGGAUAACAGGACAAAAAUUAUUAAAUACAUAAAAACAUUUAAUGUAAUUUUUACUUUAAACAAAUAAUGACACAUUUAAUAACAAAUGUAUCUAUUUAAUUCCAAUUGUAAUUAAUGGCACAUUAAUUUUUUCAAGAUGUAUUUAUUAAAUUUCCUCCCAUUUGGCCUACUUAUAAAGAAAUGUGUAUUAUAAAUGUAAUUAUUUAAUAAAUAAGA